UGAACAAAACAAAACAAUAUCUCGCAAAUAUACAUAAAAUCACUCAUAGCUCUAAAGGGGUCCAAGAGCUGAGAAGAAUGCAGUACUGAAAUUAAAGGGGAUGGAAGUGUUGAGAAACCUCCCUGUCAGCUGAUUGUGUAUGCUGUUAAAACAUGUGAAGGAAACAGAGAAGCUCAGUCGUUGCCUCCACUCACACCAAUCAAACCACGAAACGAGACAAAGGCAGAGGGUUCGAGACUGAGCAAACGGUGAAAUGGGGAACUCUGAGGACAAUAUGGAUAUUUUUGAUGGCGAUUUCUAUGAUUAUGAAAAUUCUGAUUACAACUACACUGAAAUAAGCAAUUUUACCAUAACUGACCAGAAAUCUAUCCAACACAAAUCAUCUUGUGUGACAGAAGGCGUGUGCAUGUUUGUCACUGUAAUCUUCGUGAUCAUUUUCCUGCUGGGCUUUUUUGGGAACUUGCUGGUCAUCUGGAUCUCCGGCUUUAAGAUGAGGAAGACGGUGAACACCACCUGGUACCUGAGCCUUGCCAUCUCUGACUUUCUCUUCUGUGCCUUCCUGCCACUAAACAUCACGAACAUGGUGAUGGAAGAGUGGAUCUUCGGUCUCUUCAUGUGCAAGAUUGCCUCUGGAAUAAUGAUCAUCAACAUGUUCAGCAGCAUCUUCCUCCUCGUGGUUAUCAGUGUGGACCGCUGUGUGUCCGUCGUGUUUCCUGUUUGGGCCCAGAACCACCGCUCUGUUCAAAAGGCAUCAGCUGUGGUCGUUUUUGCUUGGCUUCUCGCCAUCGGGAUCAGCAUUCCCUCUAUGAUCUAUCGGAAUAUCCGUGUCGAGAAUGAAAACAGGUACAUUUGCUAUAAUAAUUACUCAUCAGGACCGCACAUUCACAAGACUGUAGCUUUAGUCCGCUUUGUAGCCGGCUUUGUGGUUCCUUUCGCCGUGAUCAUCAUCUGUUACUCCAUCAUCAUCCACAAGCUUCAAAACAACAGGAUGGCAAAAUCCUCCAAACCCUUUAAAGUAAUGACCGCGCUCAUUGUUGCGUUUUUCGUCUGCUGGCUGCCCUACCACGUCUUUGCCCUACUUGAGCUGGACCACCACAGGUUUCACCACUCUACGUUAACCAACGGAAUCCGAUUUGGCACGAUUCUAGCAUCUAUAAACAGUUUCCUCAACCCAUUGCUGUAUGUCUUCAUGGGAAAUGACUUCAAGCAGAAGUUCAGGAGCUCUGUGUUCUCAAAGAUGGAGAAUGCAAUGGCCGACGAUGGCCGCACCACCAGUCGGUACCUGUCCAGGUCCAGCUCCAUGGAUGGCAGAGCUUCUACACACAUUUAGAGGCCUUGAAGGGACCUUAAAACCGAUUACUUGGUGGGCUUAUAUCCAACAAACACAGUUUUUGUAUUUACAGGGCUGUAUGUUUCCUGAAUCACAUAUAGAAAUAUAGUCUGUAUAUAGUUACAGCAAAAAUUAUAAUAUUACGUGAUACACAUAUCAUUGUUUUAAUUGUUAAAUAAGGGUUUACUGUACAAGAUUUAUAAAAAUCUAUUAUAUUUUCAUACAAAUGCAAAUAGUGCACUUUGACCAGAGCUAAAAGCUUGUAUACUAACCUUCACACAAGCUCUGAAUCAUCAACUCAACCAAACGUUUGCUAUUUGUCGGCUUGGCAAAGAUCUUUGUUAUUUUUUUCGUUCAACACAUUAAAGUGAAUAAUGAGGUGAAGACUUUCUUGAUUGGGUUGAUUCGAUUGUUCAAUUUAUUAUGUAACAGAACGUUAAUGAUCAGAACAAUAUCAAAAAAAUAAAUAAAAUAAAAAUAAAGAAAUAUAUAUAUAUAUAUAU